UGCUUGAUUCAUCAUAUUUUCACUUUUUGCCAUUCGCGUAAUUUGAUAACAAUGAGUUAGUAAAAGGCGAAAAAAAGAUAGCAAAUAGUAUAUUUUUUGCUUGCACGAUUGUCUAGCAAACCGAUAGAAAAAAGGCACCAAUAAAAGUUAAUCAGUCUCAUUUGCACUUGAAAUGGAUAACAUGAUAUCUUAGUACAUCGAAAUUUGUAUCAUUUUUGUCCGUCUCAUGUAAACAGUGUGUUGUUGUUUGAAGCAUUGACAUUCAAAAACCAGAAAUAAUUUUCAAAUGCGUAAAAAGUAAACGAAAAAAAAUUCAAUUCAAAAAACUACGAUUUAAUCUGUGAUUUAAAACCCUAAAUUUAAAUUUAAGUACAAUUUGAUGCUUAAGUAAAAAGUGAUUGAUUUCACAAUGGCUCAAAAGAACGGGAAUACGUAUAAUUUUAAAGUUGUGCUGCUUGGCGAAGGAGCGGUCGGUAAAACAUCGCUGGUAUUGAGAUAUGUUGAAGAUACAUUCAAUCCAAAUCACAUUACAACUUUACAGGCGUCUUUUCUGAACAAAAAAAUCAACGUCGAUGGUAAAGCGGUACGACUAAGCAUUUGGGAUACGGCCGGCCAAGAAAAGUUCCAUGCCCUAGGGCCCAUCUACUAUCGUUCGUCGAAUGGCGCUAUCCUUGUUUAUGAUAUAACGGACGAAGAUAGCUUUCAAAAAGUAAAGAACUGGGUGAAAGAAUUGAAAAAAAUGCUUGGCUCAGAGAUUGUAUUAACGAUUGUUGGCAACAAAAUUGACUUGAACAAAGAUCGCACGGUGCCAUUUGAGACGGCAGAGAGUUAUUCUCAAAGUGUUGGCGCAAUGCAUUUCGAAACAUCGGCAAAAAAUAAUGUUGGCGUCGAGGACUUGUUUUUAAGCCUAACAAAUAUGAUGAUUGACGCGAAUGAUGCAAAACGUAAUCAAGAGAAUGCUUUGAAUCGAUCGAACUCACUGCGGCGACCGAAUUCCAUCAUCGUUGCCGAAGAUGAUGAUGAACAUGACGGUGCGGAUCAGCAAAGAUCAUUAUCUGCACGAUGCUGUGGCAAUGGAUAAUAAAAAAUUUCAUUUAUUGUGUUGUGACUUUUGACAUCAUUUAAUUUUCUUUUUCAUCAAAUUAUUUUGUCAAAUCAACAUAGUUCCUUUAUACCUGUUGAUUUUUCCUUAAAAUAUA